AUGGAUAUCAUCGCCGAAAGACUUUCCCAAAUCAAUCACGAAAUUCAAAAUGUAGAAAACGAGAAGCUCCAAGACGAGUGUUUGCUCGGUCUUUUCUGGGAGCACCCGCCUGCUCUCGAUCCGGAGGUCAUAGGAAGAGCCAUGCAACAGAUUCGGGACCGCAUUAGCGGUCUGGAAGACAGGAGGAGGGCGCUGCUCGAAGAAAAGCAAGCGCUCAUUGUGGAGGGGGCCAUAAGGAACCGCAGGGGAAAUGGAAACAACGGGGGGAACUAA